AUGCCUGGACGGUCGCCACUUUGUUUAACCAACAACAAAGAAGGAAGAUGCCGGUCUUUCGUCACUGGAUCCUGGACGAUGCCAGACGAUGGACCCUUCGGAUGCUGCGCGGACCUCUCGGAGAUAUGUAAGUAUUCCAAAGGUGAAAUAAUGAGCAAAAAACCAAUUCGAACUUACCAGAGAAAACCUGCGAAGAGACUGAUAAAUUCAUCAACAUUAUCUGCUGUAUCAAGUGAAAAAUAUUUUGUGAAAAAUAAUCAUUUUGAUAAAAAUGAAUUGUAUAAUGAUUCUUUAAAUUAUGAUCCAUUCGAAACAACAUUUGACAGAAUUGCCAAAGAAGUAGUAAUACCUCCUAUGCCAUUGGAUAUAAAUCAAAAUGAUUCAUGGAAAGAUAGUAGCAGUGAUAAUAAUACUACCGAUGCAACAAGUUUAAAAUCUGAACAUACAGAUUCUGAUCUUUUUAUGUACAAUAAUAUAUCAAGUUCAACAAAUGUUAGCCAUAAAUUAGCUCGUAAAUGCAGGAAACCAAAACAAUGUAUAUCAGAAAGUAUGAUUUCUACAGGAAUGUUGCCUAAAAAAACAAAAAUAAUGUCAGUUAAAGAUAAAACAUACUUAGGAAAAACGCAGGGACAGAAGAGACAAGCAAACAAGUUAAACAAAAAGAAAGUGUUAAAAAAUAAAUUUAAAUCUAGUUGCGUGUGCAACGAACAAGUAUCUUGUAUAAAUUCUAAUGCUAUAGAUGAUUUGAACAACGUCUCAUAUAAGAACGAUAUUUUAUGCAAUAUCCAUGAACCUUUGCUACAAAAUGUUUUAAAGAUUGGCAAAACAAUUACAUCACAAAAUCAAUCAACUACAACUAAUGACUCUACUGCUAAUUGCAAGCAAAUAGGAAACUAUCAACAAAUUAUCAAACCAUGUUUUGUUAAAUUAAAUGCUUGUACUGUGCAGAAUUAUAUAUUGAAUCAUGAAAAAUUUCGAGAAAAUAAGCAAGAUAUAUUAUAUAAUGGAAAGUUCUUGUAUACAAAUACUUUACAAAAUAAGGGAAAUAUUUCUGAAGUACAAAAUAUUGUUUCACAAUCAAUCUCAACUGAACAUAACGAGUUUAGAGACUUUAAACAUUUGUCAAUUAAACAUUGUUCUGUAGCAUUAUGCAAUAACAUUGUUAAAAAUGUAUCGCAAAGUAAAAAAAAUAUAAAAGAUACUAUCAAUAUAAAAGAUGAACCAAACAUAUCACAUUUAGUUUUUUGUAAUUCAUCUGAAAUUAUUUCAAAUUGCAACAAAAGUAUUGAACUAACAUCAUAUGAUACAAAAAAAAAGACAGAUCUAAUUAAAGACAGUUUUGUAAAAGUGGAAAGAUUACAAAUAGAAGAAUUUGUAAAAGAUAAUAAUAUAUUUGAAAAAAAGCAAAACAUAGUUUCUAGCACUCCUCUUGGCAAACGAGUCAAAUCUCCUGGUUUAGUCAUAUUUUCUCCUAUUAAUUCUAAUAAUUACGACAAGUCACUUUGGAGUCAAGAAGGUUCAUUAGUAACUACAAAAGAAGAUAUUUCCAGUAUUAAUAGGAGAAAUUCUCCUCUGGUGUCUGAAUAUUCUAAACUCAAAUCUGCAGAUAUACAGGAAACACAAAUUUUAUUAUCUCAGAAAUCACAAACUACAGAUUCCAUUGUUAAAAAUGAAUCUUACAAAAAUAAUGUUCCUAUAACUGUUACUCAGAAAUAUGAUGUAGAACUCAGUGUUGAAACAGAAAGUCCACACUUAUUAAAUAUGUCUACUGAUCAAUCACGAUCAUUAUUUGAUGAUACAACGUAUAAUCACAAUCAUUCGGUAAAAAAUACAAAUGAAGAUACAAAUGAAAUAGAAAAGGAGUAUCCUGAUACGCGUAUAUUUGUAGAAACGGAUACACUAGAGUCAUCCAUUGAUUUAUGUUUAAAACAAAAGCAAUUAUCAAGUAGUAAUAGUCUAACUGAUACAGACUCUCAGUACAUAUCACCUUCCAAAGUAUGUUUAACAUUCAAUGAUUUAGAUAAUGUGCAAAAAAAUGAAUUUCAAAAAAAGCACACUAUAACAGGAAGAAAUAUAGCAGAAGCAAUUCAUGAAAGCCUUAAAGAUAAAACUGUUAACAUUAAGCACAGUUCAUUAAGUGAAAGUCAAGAUAACAUUAACAUUGAUGCUCGUGUGCUGCUUAUACGAUUACAAGAUCCGAUUAGAAUAGGAAGGAGGAUACAAUAUCCUAAAUGGCAUUUAAGCACGUCAAAUAUUUCCAAUAGCAUAAAUAAUGAAGCUUUACAAUCGAACAACGAAGUAUUUCACAAUGUCACAACUGACAAAGACUUUUCUAAUAUUCAAUCAACAUAUAACUCUGAACAUUCUAAGAAUUUAUCUCAUAAUUAUUUUGAAUCCUUCAAUGGCAUGACUCAACUAUACAGUGAUUUAAAUGAACAAAUGGAGAAGUCUAUUUUUUUAAAACCGGGCAAGUAUUGGGCUAGAUCUUUGUCAAUAUUAAAUAAUAUAAACAAUGAAUCGAAUUUAGACAAAUUAAGUAUUGGAAAGGGGAAAAAAUGGAGACGCAGCGUCAGAAAUAUACUGAAUAUGCAAAAACAAGGAAUUUUCCAAAGUUGUAUGAAAAAGGGUAAAGAUGAUACGAAUUUAUCUAGCGAUAAACUUAGCAUAUCAAACGCAUCAUCGUUCAACAGUAACAAAUAUAAAGAAUUCGAUUUAACGAGUUAUCCUAGAUUUUCUAAAAGGAUCUCAGUGAGAGUUGUACUUAAUAAUACAAGCACUAGAUGUGAAAUCAAAGACACUCCAUUUCUUGAGGCAUUUGGAAUAACUGCAGAAAAAUCUUCAAAUUCGAAAUUAUCAUACCGGGAGGAAUCAUUGAUACAUAAUAAUCAAUUUAUUAGUAACCAUUCCACAACUGCAAGAGACGUUGUCUUACAAAGAUGUUCACAAAACUGUUGUAUACCUUUCGCAGAUCGUUUUCCAGAUUCGUAUUUGGAAUGUUGCCAUAAAAUAGGCGAAGGUGUUUAUGGAGAAGUUUUUCUUCAUGAAUAUGAAAGUAAAAAAUCUGUUAUAAAAAUUAUUCCUAUAGAAAAUGAACGGUUAGUCAAUGGUGAGCCACAAAAAAAAUUUAAUGAAAUAUUGUCAGAAAUUGUGAUUGCAAAGGAGUUGGAUAAUUUGAAAUUAAAUGAUAUUUACAAAACUAAUGGAUUUGUAGAAGUUAAAAAUAUCAGCUGUAUUAUAGGAAAAUAUCCAGAGAAGCUCGUAAAACUUUGGAAUAUUUAUGAUAAUGAUAAAACAUCCGAUAAUGAUUGUCCGUCAAUGUUUGAUGAAAAUCAAUUGUAUAUUGCUCUUGAACUUAAUCACGGUGGAGAAGAUCUUGAAGCCUUUGUAUUUCAGACUGCAGAGGAAGCUUGUGCUCUAUUUUUACAGACUGCAUUGGUAUUAGCAGUUGCAGAAAAAGCACUUGAAUUUGAACACAGAGAUUUGCAUUGGGGUAAUGUAUUGAUAUCAAGAACAAAAGAACAAUAUAUAUAUUAUAAUCUCGAAGGAAGAGAAAUUAAGUUUCCUAGUAAAGGUGUAAAGGUAUCUAUAAUAGAUUUUACGCUAUCGAGGAUGUUAUACCAAGGAUGUUGCAUAUAUAAUGAUCUCGCAUUAGAUCCAGCUUUAUUUACUGCUCAUGGUGAAUAUCAAUUUGAGAUUUAUCGUCUUAUGCGCGACAAAAUUCAGAAUAAUUGGCGAAAAUUUGAACCAUAUACAAAUGUUUUGUGGUUGCAUUACAUUUUGGAUAAAAUGAUUACGGCGGUAAGAUACAAAAGGAGAAACUUGAAAGUUCAUAAACAAGCUAUUAUUAGAUUAAAGGAAUUUAAAGAUAUAAUUUUAAACUACAAUAGUGCAUACGACUUUGUAAUCAAUUCUAAUAACGUCGUAUUUCUAUGAUACAA